AUGUGUUGACUCAAUGACCGGUAAUUAUGUCUCAAAAAUCAGUGUUAGUUUUGAUGCGAAAGCCGUACAAAAGUAUCGCAUAUUUUGGACAUUACUUAUGGUUUAAACUUUAAAUGACAUCAGUUUUGUCGGACAAACUGUCGUCCGGUCCCAAAGGGUUGGGAGAUCCAGAGGACAGGACUUUGCGGAGAGUGGAGAAAGAGAUACUCAUCCCUAAGAUUAUGAGAGAUAAGGCGCGGACAGAGAAGUGCACCGAUUUUGUGAAGGCUUUCAACGAUUGUUGUAAAGAGAAUCCCAUUCUUCUGGUGCUUAAGUGUCGCACAGAAAACAGCCGAAUGAAGGCCUGUCUCACCGAUUGGUAUAAUAACCAACACUUCCAACGCCAGUGCGAAGACAUCUAUUUGAAGCCGAGGUCAGAGUACAGGCGCACCGGUAUUAAGGCUCAGACCAAACGCAUGGGUUGACACCAAUCACAUCACUCAAUAUCUGGCACUCAAUUCUUGUCAUAUUGUCUUUAAUUGAAUACAAUUAGCAUUAGUUUUAAGUAAUAGUACAUAAAUUUUACACAAAUAAAAACACUAAAUAUAAAUAAUGAUAAUAAUAAUCGAUUAUAAAAUAGUAAUUAAA